UGGCCUGAGGCAAUACCGCCAGUAGGACACGCACCGGAGGGCGGGAGGGAGGGAGGCGGAAGAAACAUGGCCGCCUCGGUAGGGCCCCAGGGUGGCCCGCGGGCUUCCCUUCCGGCUUCUAUGCCUGACAUACCGGACUUGAGCCACCUCACGGAGGAGGAGAGGAAAGUAAUCCUGGCGGUGAUGGCGCGCCAGAAGGAGGAAGAGGAGAAGGAGCAAGCCAUGUUGAAGACGCUUCAUCAGCAAUUCGAGAGCUAUAAGGAGCAGGUAAGGCGGAUCGGGGCAGAGAACAAACGGCAACAAUCCAUCCACAAGGACGAUGCCCCGACCUGCGGGAUCUGCCGCAAGACCAAGUUUGCCGACGGCUGCGGGCACCUCUGCUCCUACUGCCAGACCAAGUUCUGUGCCCGCUGUGGUGGAAGAGUGUCUCUACGCUCCAACAAUGAGGAUAAAGUGUGUCUCAUAGGGAAGGACAGGGUGAUGUGGGUAUGCAACCUGUGCAGGAAGCAGCAGGAGAUCCUUACUAAAUCUGGAGAAUGGUUCUCAUCAGGGCCAAGAGGCAGGCCUCUGAGCGUGGCCGGCCCUGAGGCUGACCGGGACGGGAAGCUGCGUUCAAGGUCGCAGGUUACAGCCGGAGCUAACCUCGCUACUGCUAACGACACCCAACCAGCCACUGACCGGACCAAGGGAGCAGAGAUCAUGCCAGCCUCACGAGCUCGGAGCGAACCCCCACGAGAGAAGAAGAGGCCAGUGUCCCUACAUGAGCAGAAUGGCAAGGUCAUUGGCAGAGGUGAGAGGAGAGUGGUACCAGGCAGGCAGCCAGGUCAGGCUGCAGAAGAUCGUGUUCUAGGAGAAAGGCGAGAUAUCAGGCGUCUGGAGAAAGGCCAUUCGCAAGAAUAUGACCACCCUGGUGACACUGCCCACCCUGACCAGAGGCGGAGAAAAGAAGAAGAGGAGCGGGAAAGGCAGAGGCGCGAAGAGGAAUACCAAAAUCGCUACUGUAGUGAUCCCAACCUGGCCCGCUACCCGGUCAAACCUCAGAAAGAAGAACAAGAGAUGCGUAUGCAUGCCAAAGUGUCCAAAAUGCGACAAGAACGUCACCACAGUGACAUGGCCAUCAAUGAAGUAGGCCUGGCUCAAGAUGGUUGUGAGACCCCAGGCAGCCGACUAAGCAGGAGGGCGGUGGGCAAUGAAAACCGGAAAGCACUACUGGAAAACCAUCGGGCAUACUCUGUGGACAGGACCGUGGGGGGUAGUGCUGGUGGGGGGCCUGUUCCCCUCCAAAAACAGGGUCAUAGUGUUUCUCACAUGAGCCCCGGAGGCUCCCAAGACCUCAGGGAUGGACAAGAUUGGGGACUUAAAGGUUACUUGGAGCCUGGUUCAGCAGCAUUACUACACAAGACCAAGCGUGAGAAGGCUGCUGAAAGCUUCCGGAAAGAUUCUUCUCUCAGUUCAGACCAAUCAGAGUGUCUCCGACCACCUCCUCCCCGUGCUUACAGGCCCAAACGAGGCCUCAACAAGAGGCAGAUGUCCAUUAGCAGUUCAGAAGAGGAGGGAGGGUCCACACCCGAGUAUACUAGCUGUGAAGAUGUGGAGAUUGAGAGCAUCAGUGAAAAAGGUGACUGGGAUUGCCAUCCUCUAGACCCCACUAUAUGGCAUCAUCCUGUUACAUGGCAGCCAUCAAAAGAGGGAGAUCAUUUGAUCGGCCGCAUCACUCUGAGCAAGCGCUCGGCCGUGCCUCGAGAAGCUGGCUCUCUGCUCGGGCUGAAGGUGGUUGGCGGGAAAAUUACAGAGACUGGGAGACUUGGAGCGUUCAUCACCAAAGUAAAGAAAGGAAGUCUUGCAGAUGUUGUAGGCCAUUUACGAGCAGGUGACGAGGUGUUGCAGUGGAAUGGGAAGGCGUUGCCUGGAGCAACCGAGAAAGACGUGUACAACAUCAUCUUAGAGUCACAGUCUGCACCUCAAGUAGAAAUAGUCGUUUCAAGGCCAAUUGGAGACACACCAAGAAUUCCAGAGAAGUCACAUCCUCCUCUUGAAUCCACUGGUUCCAGUUCAAUAGAUGAGUCUCACAAGGUGGACCAUCCCUCCAUCUCCGUCAUGUCCCCCACCAGUCCGGGAAUGUUGAGAGAUCUGCCUCAGGACCUACCAGGCCAGCUUUCAGUGAAACUGUGGUACGACAAAGUGGGCCAUCAGCUUAUCGUCAACGUAUUACAAGCCAUAGACCUGCCUUCACGUCCAGACGGCCGACCGCGCAACCCUUACGUCAAAAUGUACUUCCUUCCUGAUCGGAGUGACAAGAGCAAGAGGAGGACGAAGACGGUGAAGAAGAGCUCGGAGCCAAGGUGGAACCAGACGUUCCUUUACUCACACGUUCACCGCAGGGACUUCAGAGAGCGCAUGCUGGAGAUCACCGUGUGGGACCAGCCGAGAGCGCAGGAGGAGGAGAGCGAGUUCCUCGGAGAGAUCCUGAUCGAGCUCGAAACCGCUCUGUUGGACGAUCAGCCGCACUGGUACAAGCUGCAGACCCAUGACGUGUCCUCUCUCCCUCUACCCCAACCCUCCCCGUACCUCCCCCGCAGACACGUUCACAACGACAGCCCCAGCAAGAAGUUACAGAGAUCUCAUCGCAUCAUUGAGACUGAUUAUGAUGAUGCUAUUACGGUAGUGUCUUCAGGUGGGUGGGAAGGGCCAGAGAGGAACUCCAGAGAGAGGGAGAGGUGCAGCACUCUGACGGUUCCCGAGAGGCAGGCAGCCAUUCAGCAUCGGUCUCGCUCCGUCUCCCCACACAGAGAGGACCAGUGCAGAGGACGUUCACGCCACACGCAUGUCCCCAUGCAGAGGAGUUUGGAUGAAAUUCGCCAGAAACGGCAUCAUUCUCAGUCACCCACUCACUACUAUAAUCCACAGCAGGAACACCGAUCUGGUGACUCAGACUAUGACUACUCAGAGGACAGUGAGGUCCUGGAGAUGCACAGAUCAAUCCGGGGUGGGAGCGCUGAGUGCCUGCACACAAACAGGAACUUAGCUAGACACUGUAAUACUUUGCCCCCAAAGAUGCCUUUGUUAGUGAAUGGCAUUCACAAAGACAUAUACAGUGAUCUUCAGCCGUCAUUGGACAGAGUGCGAAGUGCCAGUACGACCUGUUUGAGGCCUGAGAGCAGUUUCCGCUCCCCUGACAGGUACAGAGAAAUAAAAGGAAAAGAAGAAAAAAUGAAAGAUACUCUGCCAGUCUGUGAAAUAGUACUUGACAUAGUACAUACACUCUGGGUGCAAAAACUGAGGUGGCUUAAUGUUUUGUACCAACAGCAUCUCAUUAGUCUUGCUUGCUUUUUUUGCUCUCUCACAUGUUUUUAUUUUCUGGGUUUCUUUUCUCGGUACUUCAUCCUUUCUGUCAUUCCUGCAUUCAGGAUCCAGCCCACCUCCAUCCUGCGGGGCAGCAGGUGGAGGAGAGAUGGCCCAAUCCAGUCCUUUGGGCACUCCAGCCAGGACAGAGUACAUCUGCAUGGUGGACGUAACUCCCCUACAGAGUCUCCCUUGUCAGUGCGCAGGGGAAGACAGCUCCCACAACUUCCUGCUAAGAGCAGCAGUAUAGAGCAAGCUUUGGCAGUAGAAGAGCGAGCUCGGCAGUUGAGUCAGGUGCGGGUUCCAUCAUAUCGGCCCGGCUCGUCUGCCAGCUCAGGCCAUGAACAAGACAUGGAUCUGAAGAACAAGAGAGAUAUGUACAAGAGGAGCUGUGAUAACAUGUCGGCGAGGUCAUCGGACAGUGACGUAAGCGAUGUGUCAGCUAUCUCGCGAGCCAGCAGUGCCUCUCGUCUCAGCAGCGCAAGCUACAUGUCUGUCCAAUCAGAGAGGCCACACGGACGGAUCAGUCGGCAGGUUCGGGCCUCGGCGGGCCGCAACAUGUUAAAGAGCACAAGUGUAAGCGGCGACAUCAACACUCCGGAGCGUACGGAUGGCAGCCAGUCAGAUACGGCGCUCGGCACAGUGGGCAGCAGCAGCAGCAAGAAGCGGCGCGCCAGCCUCAAUGCCCGCUUUGUAGCCAUCGUGGGCAACAGGCGCAGCCGCAGCACCUCCCAAAUCAGCCAGACAGAGGCAUCCAAUAAAAAGUCAAAGGGAGGUGGGACGAUACAGAGGAGCCAGGAGACAGGCAUGGCCGUCGAGCUGCAGCGCAACAUGAGUCGACAGCCGAGUCGCGAGAGCAACAACGGCAGUAUGGCCAGCUACAACUCCGAAGGAAGUCCGAUUUUCCCAGCCGUGCGGGUGGAGACUCAGUUCAGUGACUUCCUGGAUGGACUGGGUCCUGCCCAACUUGUGGGCCGACAAACUCUGGCCACUCCUGCUAUUGGAGACAUUCAAAUUGGCAUGGUGAACAAGAAGGGAAAGCUGGAGGUGGAGGUGAUCCGAGCCCGUGGCCUCAUUCAAAAACCAGGAUCCAAAUCUCUCCCAGCUCCGUAUGUCAAGGUUUACCUGCUGGAAAACGGGGCAUAUGUGGCUAAGAAGAAAACAAAAAUUGCACGGAAAACACUGGACCCGCUGUACCAGCAGACCCUGCAGUUUGAAGAGAGUCCACAGGGGAAAGUGUUGCAGGUCAUUGUCUGGGGAGAUUAUGGGCGAAUGGACCACAAAUCCUUCAUGGGAGUAGCACAAAUCCUACUGGAGGAGCUGGACCUGGCCAGCAACGUGAUUGGCUGGUACAAACUGUUUCCGCCCUCCUCCUUAGUAGACCCUACGCUAGCGUCGCUGACAAGGCGAGCUUCCCAGUCGUCUCUGGACAGUUCUUCAGGACCUGGUGGGGUUCGAUCCUAGUGCACUAAUUUACAAAGCACACUCCACACUCCAGAGAAUCAACCGAGAACAUGACAGGACCACAAUCAGAGGCAGAGCAAAAAAAUGCGAUGAACAAAAGACAAAGCUUUGACGAAAAAUGACAAUCACUCCUGUCGAUUACGUUGGGUUCGUAUUGUUUAUUCACCCCCCGUCCCCGUCCCGCCCCCCCCCCCAACCCCCCCACCGUUGUGCGUUUGUGCGAAAUAUGGCCUCUACAUUCUGCCGAUUUUGUUUGUCAGUGACGAAAUCGUUUCAGCCACAAAUUAGUUACGGCUGUGGAGCUACAAUACAGUAUAAUAGCAACUUGGAGUAACUAAAGCAGGGUGAUUUUCAAUUGUUGUUAAAGAAAUGUACAUUUAACAGAGCAGCAGAAUGUAUUGACCUAGAAACACAAUGAUGACCUCUGACCAAGAGAUUGUGGGGUCUGUAUAGAGAUUCCUGUAUAGACAAAGGUUGAAAGUCAAACGGUUCUGACCUUGAAAGAAGCAGGGCCAUUCCAAAAGGGAUUUUUUGGUGCCUAAACAUCGAGGACCCCGGGCUACGGUCCAAUAUCUGUAGAAACGUUACUGUUUUCAGGAUGUUUACCACAACUGAUGGAGGCUACAUUCUCCUCAAUGUUUCCUCUUUGUUUAUUCUUUCAGCUGAUUCUUUUUCAUACCUCUAAUACACAAGUUAUGAGGUUUGUGUUGUCUACAAAUGUACUGUGUGCAUGGUGAUAAUGCUGAGAAUGAGACAAAAAAAAAAAACAGGAUUUGAGAAAAAGUGUUUCCAAAAACAUUUACAACAAUUCAUUGCAUUCUCAUACAAUUUCUAUUCACACAUAAUAGUUUUCCAUAUGCUUUCACACCUUUAACCCUUCCUGAUGGUCUAGGAGUGUACGCUAAUGCUUCAGUUGCAGACUUCUGAAAUGCCACAUUGACCAAAGAUUCACAGUUCUAAAUGUCAAGAGGACCAAAAAGGCGUACUUGCGAUUCAAAAGAAAGACAUUCACCAAAAAAUACAAACAUGGCUAAUAGAAAAGGAAAAGCAGAAAAGGACCAGCACAGUUUUAUUUGUUUUAUUUAUAAAUGGUCACCACUGGCUUUCAUUUCUAUUAGCAAAGUUGCUAGUUUUGGUUAAGGUACUCCUUGGUUUCAUUACUUAAAGUUCUACUUUAUCGUCAUCGUCAGACUGAAAGGGCCAUUCUUCCAACAAAAGAUCAUUGGUGCCAUUUACACCUUGCAUUAACGUUUCAUCCAUUUUGUUCCAAUUUGAUUUCUCCACAGUAAAAUGCAAAUAACAGCUAGCUACAAGGGCAGUGGUGGCUCAUUUACUAAGGCUUUGGGCUACUGGUCAGAGUUCAAAUCCCUACACCAAGCUGCCACUUUUGGGUAUCCUGCAUCAACUGUACAUUGCCAAGCCAAACAUCAGCCAAAUGAGUAAAUGUAAACAGCGAGGAAUUAUCUAGCUGCCGAUAUGACUGCUUUUUUUAGUGACUGUAAAUGUUUUGUGGUAACUGCUAGCAUAUUCGUAAUGUUGGCUAAUACAGUUGACAAAAAUCUGCCAAAUUGUGUAGUAACACAACCUUGCACCGAUGUAUAAUGAUACAAAACAUCACAACGGGAAGAUCUUCAAUGGUAACGCUAGUCUGCACGUUAACAUGAACUAAUAUGACAGGAUUUCUAAGAGAUUUGUUUUAAGUGCCCAUGAAAUGGCUUGAUGUAGUUAUGUUGUAGUUUUGUAACAGGAAGCAUGUCAAAAGGCUUGACUAAAUUCAACAACAAACAAAUAGCAUUCAAAGUCAAACUUAAACAUGCAGCCAAGAGUUAAAAGGGAAUUUUCAGAUGUGUAGAACGUCUCACUGCCACUUUGCCCAUUGCAACUUUGUUGUCACAUAUAACUCAUAUCUCUUCAACACACAAUAGACAGAAGCUGCACAACCAAUGCUACAUAAACUCCCAUAGUUAUAGCGUAUGUAGAGUGAUAAACGCGGUUUGUGUACGGAAAUGGGACUACUAUCAGAUGCAGAUUGGACAUUUGGGACAUUUGUCACCAAAUGAUAAACAGUCAAAUUCAAUUGAAAUCCACAGAACACAUUUUUGGUUUAUUUUCUCGACAUAUACUCUAUGCUGGCUAAUUUGCGUCCACGAUGCCAAGAGACUUGCACAGAAAGAUCUAAAGCACCAAUUCUGAAAUGUUGCUUUAAUGGUCAGUUUAAGGUGCAUAGAUAGUUUGCACAGUACACUUUAAAUGGCGUUACAAUAAAAUGAAAAAGAAAGCACCUCAGAAAAAUAGAGACAAUGUGUUUUCUACUGGCUUCAGGAUUGAGAGUCAUCCAUUUUUCUUUUGUUUUUGGUUUGGAAUAAUUUGAUGACCCUUGUUGUAUUUGCAUUCUAUGUACUUUCUCUUUAUUUGGCAACCUGAAAUCCAAUCAUAAUAAACCAUAAUAAAUCAUAAUGCCAGGUAAAUGAUAUUAACUUUACGAUGUCAACUUUCUGGGCCACAAUCACUUUCUGACAGCAAUGGCUGCAAAAGCUAGGGAUGCAUCAGACCGAGUAUGAAUACGUGUGCAUAUUUUUUGGUACUCAUCAAUACCAGUACUGAUACUGUUACUGAAAAUAUUAACCAACUUAGUAAUUAAGCAAUCAGGGUUUAAUGGUACAUUUUAUCUAGCUCUGUUUAUGUUGGUUGUUGCUGUGUGCAGCUAGCAUGGAAGUCCUCAUGUUUUUUUUUUUUGUUUUUUUUUUUUUUUUAAAUAUUUCACCAUUUAAACUGUAUGUUUCGUGAGCAGAGCAGUAUCAGCAAACAUGGUUGAUAAAUAUGAACACUCUCUAUGAAAGAUACUGUUUAAAGAUAUUUGAACACAUUAAUCAUAUUGUAGAAAGAUGCCUUAGUCAGGCGUCUUCAUAUUUUCAUAUUAAUGUCAUCAUUAUUCGUGAAAUACGUCCAGAUCGAUGCCAUUUCAUUCAUUAUCACUAUGUUUACGUCACAUACUGUAACGUGGUAUUGGAUGUUGGUGUCAGAGCGUUUUGUUUGAGUACGUCAAGCCGAUACUCGUAUUAGUAUUGAUGCAUCACUAGCAAACUCGAUCAUGUUUGGAUCAUUAAAAAAAAAAUUAAUGCAAGGUAUAAAUGGGGCCUUUUGUCUGGAUGUGAGCAUUAAUUUUCAUAUACUGUUACAAAAAGGACACGAUAUUAUAUAAUACUAUAUAUUAUUUAUAUGAUCUCCAGAAAUCUUGGACCAGACUUGGUGAAUUUUGUAAGAUGGUGCAAUAUACUGUAUAA